AUGCAAGACAAGCUGAUAAUAUGUAUGGUCGGUCUGCCGGCGCGUGGCAAGUCGUACAUCGCGGAGCGACUAGUACGGUACUACCAGAACGUGUACGGAGACGCGCAGGCGAGCCGGCUUUUCAACGCGGGCAAAGAACGGCGGACGCUUGACGUACAAAGUGAUGACGAGCGCCCGGAGCUAAGACGGACGGUGACGCUGCAGCCGUGCAGAAUGAGCGACGACUUGGAGCCGGAGGGCGAAGCGGAGUUAAGCGGGAGCGCCGCCGACGCUGGGGAGCCGGGUAACCAGGGGCUCUUCGACACGCAGGACCGCGGCGCGGUCCUGGUGCGGGACGGGAUCGCGAUGCGGACGCUAGCGAAGCUGUGCGAGUGGCUGAACGGGGGCACGGAGCGGCAUGUGGGCGUUUUUGACGCGACCAAUACAACGCGCGCGCGGCGCGCGUUGAUCAAGAGUGCGGUAGGCGUGCUGUGUGCGUCCGCUGCCAGCGUUGUGUUUCUGGAGAGCGUGUGUCGCGACGAGCGCGUCGUACACCGCAAUAUCGUGCACAAGGUGCACUGCUCGCCGGACUACAUGCAUCGCAGCGACAAGGCGUGGUGCUACCGGGACUUCGAGCGGCGGGUCACUAACUACGAGCGCGUGUAUGAGCCUUGCGACGUUACGACAGAAGUGGGCGACGGAGUCGGGUGUGUCCGUGUGAGCGAUCUGGGCGCAGAGCUCGAGGUGUGCGGCGACGUGCCGCCUGUCCAUGCGACGCGACUCGUGAAUUUCCUGCAAAGUCUCUAUCCGAGAAAACGCAGCGACGAAACCGGCGCAGCCGAUGGUGCUGAAGUGGCCAGUCCGCACCGUGUGCGGUCGGGGUUCUCUGUGAUUGACAAGUCGUCGUGCUCGUCGAGCUCUUCGUCGCUUUUCUCGAACCCGGGCCUGCUGCUUGUUGCGCAGCCGCUGGACCAGAUCGACCAUGUGCUACGGCUCGGGCACGAACACGUCGAGACGAAGGCCUGCCACGACCACUCGGGACUCGAUUUGUCCGCAUUGAGACGGCAUGCAAGAAUGACCAAAGAUGAGGAUGCGACGCAAUGA